AUGAUGAUCCCUAGAUGGAAAUAUAUCGGUAUAGCCGGUGGAUUCAUUUUCCUGCUGCAUCUUCUCGCAUCCAUUCAUCCUACGUAUCGAGCAUCAACAUCACCUUUCAACCUUUUACCUGCUGGAGGAUGGAAAGCAGGUCAAACUCCUCCUGAUUCAGCAGUACCUGUCUGGGGUGGAGAUGGAUUACCUUCUGCAGAUGACUUAAGGGAAAAUGGAGCUGUCAUAGAUGAAAGAAGAAGAGCCAAUGCUGUUUUCGUCGUACUAGCGCGUAACUCGGAUCUUUGGCCAUUCCUAGAUUCAAUGAGACAGAUGGAAGAUAGAUUCAACCAUUGGGCAAAAUACGAUUAUGUUUUCCUAAAUGAGGAGGAUUUCUCAGAUGAAUUUAAACGAUAUACACAAUCAAUGACUAAAGGCAAAUGUCAUUAUGGAAAGAUUGCACCAGAUCAUUGGUAUCAACCUGAAUGGAUCGAUGAAGAUAAAGCUUCAAAGGCAAGAGAAGAGAUGAUUCGAAAGAAAGUCAUAUACGGCCAUUCCGUUCCGUACAGGAAUAUGUGUCGAUUUAACUCUGGUUUCUUCUAUCAUCAUCCUCUUUUGGCAGAUUAUGAUUAUUACUGGCGCAUUGAACCCUCCGUCAAGUUCUUCUGUGAUCUCAACUAUGACCCUUUCUUGGUCAUGCAAGAUGAAAAGAAAGUUUACGGUUUUACACUUUCGCUUUACGAAUAUAUUGAGACUAUUCCAACACUAUGGGAUGCCGUAAAAGAAUUCGUUCAAGAACAUCCUGACUAUCUCCCUGAAGGUAAUGCAAUGCAAUUCUUGAGUGAUGAUGGUGGGGAGACAUACAACAAGUGUCACUUCUGGUCCAACUUUGAGAUCGGUGAUCUGAAUUUCUGGAGAGCAGAGCCAUAUACGGAAUUUUUCGAUUAUCUUGAUAAGAAAGGAGGAUUUUACUAUGAGAGAUGGGGUGACGCACCUGUGCAUUCAAUUGGAGCUGCUCUAUUCGCUAAGAAAGAACAAAUACAUUGGUUUGAGGAUAUUGGUUAUAGGCAUGAACCAUUCCAGCAUUGUCCUCAAGGUGAAGCUCAUACUAGAGGAAAUUGUUGGUGUGACCAAGGAAAUAACUUUGAUUGGGAAUGGUAUUCAUGUACAAAGAGAUUUGUGGAUAUGUUCUAA